AUGAUCGUCCGGAGCGGCCACUUAUCACGGUCGGCGAUGCCGCCCUCGCCCACCGUGGUUGAUUUUCGCCAGGAGUGGUUUCUGCGGUUCUUUUGGUAUCCAUCAAUUCCUCGACGCUGGGUGAAGAUGUUUAUUCUAUUGGGACUGUUAUGUCUCUUCACCGUUAGCCUUAGCCGCAGCUUGAACCUUCGGGACGAGGCGGGUUUGCAGAGUGAUAACGCCGUUGUCCAUUUCCCUCCUCCACGUCAGACGGGGCAGCAUACACAUGAUCCGAAUAUCAUCCGUGUUGGCGAUACGUAUUAUCUGUAUCAUGUUGGCGAGCAUAUCUUCAUUCACACCGCGCCGACCCUGGCUGGUCCCUGGAGGCAUGUCGGUAGUGUGUUAGAUGCCAACAGUGUUAUCCCCAAGGGCGAUCGUGCCGUCCCAUGGGCUCCCACAGUCGUCGCCGUCGACGGUACUUACUACUGCUACUACAGUGUGAGCAAGGCAGGAUGUCGGGACAGCGCCGUGGGUGUAGCCACGUCCCAAUCCCCAGGUCCGGGCAACUGGCAUGAUCACGGUGUGGUUGUCCAGACAGGAACAGGCAAUGCAUCUAACGUGGCACCAUAUACCAUCUCCAACGCCAUUGACCCGGCUACACUCGUUCUACCCGACGGAUCAGCCUACUUGACAUUCGGAAGCUACUGGACCGGUAUCUAUCAAAUCCCCCUCGGCAAAGACCUCAUCUCCCCGGUCAGCACAACCCAACCAGAUGCGCGACACCUCGCCUACGAACCGAAUGCCAUCAGCGCACCGAACCGAAACGCGAACUCCCUCUGCGGCGACCCAACCGGACCGCACGCUAUCGAAGGCGCCUUUACCUCAUACCACGACAGAUACUACUAUCUUUGGUUUAGCCACGGCCGAUGCUGCGAUCUGGAUAGAGGCAAAUUACCCGCCGCUGGAUCAGAAUACAGUAUCCGCGUAGGACGAUCCAAAGAUCCCCGCGGUCCAUAUAUCGACCAGUCAGGAAAGAACCUGGUCGACGGCGGCGGCACCGUUAUCUACGGAUCCAACGCCGAAACCUAUGCCCCUGGCGGGCAAGGUGUGAUUCGAGUCGGCGAUACCGAUAUCCUGUACUAUCACUACCAAAACAAAACUGUGGGCCUCGCAUUUUCUGAUGCAUUACUUGGUUUCAAUCCACUGAAAUAUGUCAAUGGAUGGCCCGUUGCACAGCCAUGAUGCGAUGGAGGAUUGGCUUACCCACGUAUGACGCGAGCAUAUAGACAAAGUAUCCUCUCUUCAUCGCUAUAUCGAUACAUCAUUCUACCGACUAGAAUGUUAAUCCACCGCUCAUUUCGAUCGCCGGUAUACAUAUACAUGCCCGGAUUCUUCUUCGACUACGGUCUACCUCUCCGACUCUGUGAUAUCUGCCCCACCACACCAUAUCCAUGACUCUUGGGAUCCUGAAUUGCGACCAAUGAUCUAUGGCACUCGGACCACCCACAGCAUUUUAUGUGGAUAGUCAAUGCUAGAGACAAGUUUCACCUUUUUGGUGUCCAGGUCAUUCAGGAAGGGUGUUUUGCUGGCUUCUAUCGGGUCAGUCACUUUGUUCAAGUGACGUUAUCUGGACUGUUUUGCUUCGAUGUUGUAC